UGAUGUUCCAUUUUUGAUAAAAAAAAUUGGAGUUUAGAAGUGAAACAUACUUAAUUUGAAAAUAUAACAGAUUGUUCCGUAGGUACAUCUACGGAACACUCUAUUUUCAAAAUCUUCUGUAGACUUAGCUACGGAAGAUUUCAUAAACUUAAUUAAUAUGAGAUUUCCCCAGUUUUAUUAUGUUUUACUAUGUACCUAUGAAAAAAAUAAGUAAAAAAAAGGUGGUUCCGAAGAUAUAUCUAAAAGGAACAGUUUUAACAACUUAGAUGGUGAGAGAUUCAUGAGAUGAGGAUAGAGAUACUCAAAAGAAAUUGCUCUUUGAGUUUUUUUUUUCUUUACAAAAUUUAACAAUGAAGAAAUUAGUAACAAAAUGAAUUUAUUCGUCUCUAAAUUUAGCAAGUGGUGUGGUAGGGAACUAGGAAGCUGCAUGGUGUAUGGGCAUAAUUUAAUGUUUGAGUUUGAUAUGAUAUCCUCUAUUUGAUGAUGAUGAUGAUAAUAAUAAUAAUAAUAAUAAUAAUAAUAAUAAUAAUAAUAAUAAUAAUAAUAAUAAUAAUAAUGUGUAAAAUAUGGUUUUAAAUUGCGGUUGCGGCUGCGGAUGCAGUUGUGGUUUCGGAAGUUGCGAUUGUGGUCAUUGCGCUUGUUGCGAUGCGCAUUGCGGCCGUUGCGGCGUGAAUUUUUUAAAGAAAGUGUUUGAAAUAGUAUAUUGAAAAACACUUAAUUUUAUAUUCUUUCAUUAUAUAAAAAGUAAAUUGAGUUUUAGAAAUCUAAUAUAUUGAUUUUUUAUGAAAAUAUUAAAAAAACAUGAUGAAAAUUGUCCGAUGGGUUUCCAAAUACAUCUGAAAGCGAAAUUUUAAAAUCACACCGCAAUUACGGAGGCAACCACAUCCGCAAUAUUGCGGGUGCAAUUGCGGUUGCAGACCGCAAUUUAAAACCAUGGUGUAAAACUUGUUUAAUGUACGGUUUAGUAAAAUGUGAGAGAAAACAAAAAGAGGAAAAUGCUGUUGCGUGAGUAAUUAAAUUGCCGACGUUAAUUUGUCCUUGCAUAUACAUAUGAAGUUUAUAUAUAUUUGGAAUUAGUGCCUAGUGGUGUAAAAAUAAUAUUCAAAAACCAGAAAUAAAUCCCUGCAUAUCACAACUAAUAAGAUGCAUAUUAGAUAUUCCCAAACGCGUAUACGCCUUCAUGUUUCAAGGACCAUUCGAUUAUAUCAAAUAAUUUAAAUUUAAAUUUUAUAUUUUAAAUUAUAAUUCAAAAAUUAAAAAACAUAUUUUUUAAAUCAUCUGGUCUUGAUCGGACAGUCACAGAUGCAUGUGUGUAUUACAGUGAAUUUACAUUCAAUUAUUAGUACUACUAUUCUUAAGCUUUCACAAAAUCCAGAUCAAUUUUCUUCUUCUUCUUAUGCCACGUGUCACUAAGCAGUUGGCUAAGUUGACAUGAACGAGUAUGAUUAUUUUUGACCCAUGGAGGAGAGGACCCAUUUCUUAUAGUUAAAAUUACAGUAAGUAUAAUUUGAAGGAUAAAAUAAAACACACUGAUAAUUUUAAUUUGAAAAAUAAUUGACAUCACAAUCAUCAUUAAUUUGCCAUUCAUUAUUUUAAUAUCCACCAGAUUCAUUGAAAUAAAUGCAUGUGAGUCCAUUAUACAAAAUCUAAACUUGCAAGAAAUCCUCAAAAUAGUAAUUUAUAUAUUUCCAUUCCAAUUCCAUAGAAUAUAAGACAAUCCCUUCAAAUUGUAUAUGACAAGACAUUUUACCCCUAAAAUAGUCAAUACAAAUAUCAUUACUUUUUUGUGUAAGACAAUAAUUAUAGACAGUUAUGAAGCAGCAGCAGCAGCAUCAACACUCGGCCAACAAGCAAAAACAGAAUUUAUGGGCGACUAUGGUGUUGCGCAAAUGGCUUAACAUUAGAAGCAAGAAGCCUGAUUAUGUUGCUGACUCUGAUGAUACUGAGGAUGACCCUGAAACUGACUCUGACAAUGAAGAGUGGAGAACCGGUUCGCGGUAUAGGGACAGCAAAGAGGAUGAAACUCCAUCUGAAUCAUGUGAAUUUCUCCCUGGCUUACGGAGGCAAAAGUCAUUGACAGUAAGGUCUCAGUAUAUAAACAAGAAGGAACUAAGAGUAUGUGUUGGGACAUGGAAUGUUGGAGGAAAACUUCCACCUAAUGACCUUGAUAUUGAUGAUUGGCUAGACAUUAACCAUCCAGCUGAUAUAUAUGUCCUUGGCCUUCAAGAGAUUGUACCUUUAAACACAAGUAACAUUUUCGGUGCUGUAGAUACUCGUAAUGUGCCGAAAUGGGAAAACAUUAUUAAAGAAACAUUGAAUAGAGUUCAACCAAAACCAUCUAAGAUAAAAUCCUUCAGUGAUCCUCCAUCGCCAUCAAAGUUUAAACCAUCUGAUGAUGCUCCAGAUAUCGAAGAAGAAGAAAUGCUACUAGAAAGUGAUGGUGAUAUUGGUGAGGAAAUCCAUCCUUUGGACGAAGGAUAUGAAGUACUCGAUGGAGUCACAGAUAAACCGAUCACACAUGAAUCACUGAAUACUAGUUUGAAGGAUUCAAAUGCUGCUGGAAUUGCCAAUUCACGAGUGAUUAUCGAUAAUGAUUUAGAGAAUCAGUUAUCUUAUCAAAGGAGGUUGGAUAGGCUAAACUGUUUACGUGACGAAGAUUUAUCGGCAAAAUUUGAAACACCAUCUUCUCCACAGAUUAGUAAACUAUCUAGAAUGGUUAGUGGGACUGAAAGGAUUGGUUUGAGUUGGCCAGAGCCACCAUUACAUUUGUUAUCUCAUACCGUAUUGGAGAGAGCAACUUCUCUUAAACCAGUUAAAUCGUUUAACGCGACAAAGUCAUUUAGAGCCACUGAUUCUUUUAAAUCAAAAACACAUGCAAUGGAUAUAUUGGCAGAAAUUGACCUUGAAGCCUUGAUGAAGAGGAAAACAAGAUCUUCUUAUGUGAAGAUAGUGAGCAAGCAGAUGGUUGGGAUUUACAUCACCAUUUGGGUUCGAAGGAGCGUGCGGAAACAUAUUCAGAAUUUGAAGGUUUCCACUGUUGGUGUUGGUGUUAUGGGCUAUAUUGGCAACAAGGGAUCGGUAUCAGUGAGCAUGUCCAUAUAUCAGACACUUUUCUGCUUUGUAUGCACCCAUCUUACAUCAGGUCAAAAGGAAGCAGAUGAAAUCAAAAGAAAUGCCGAUGUUCGUGAAAUACAUCAAAGGACUCAUUUUUAUUCACUUUCUGAUAUCGGACUUCCCAAAAGUAUAUUCGAUCACGAAAGAAUAAUCUGGUUCGGUGAUCUGAAUUACCGUAUCAAUUUGUCAUAUGAAAAAACAAGAGAUCUUAUCUCGAAAAAGCAGUGGUCGAAAUUGGUUGAGAGCGACCAGCUUGCGAAAGAACUAGAAAAAGGUGUAUUUAAUGGAUGGUCAGAAGGAAUGUUAAAUUUCCCUCCAACCUAUAAGUACGAGGUUAAUUCAGACAAGUACAUUGGGGAAGAGCCGAAAGUUGGGAGGCGUACACCAGCAUGGUGUGAUCGUAUUCUUUCUUAUGGAAAUGGAAUGAGAUUACUGAGUUACAAAAGGAAUGAACUUAAACUUUCAGACCAUAGACCUGUGACUGCCACAUAUAUUGCUGAGGUUGAGGUUUUCAAUCCAAGGAAGCUACAGAGAGCACUUACAUUCACGGAUGCGGAGAUCGGAAACGAAGAAAUCAUCUCAAGUUUUGGCACUUGGAAUUUAUAGCAUAUUCUGGACAGGUGAAGGAGCAGCAAUGCUAGUUAUUCCAACUUCUCAAAUUCAGAGUCACUAUACUAGAUAUUAAUAAAUUUCUUCAUUUGAUAUUUCUUAUAUAUUUCUAAAGUCAAAUCUUAUAGAAAAAAUAGUUGUAUGAUCUGUACAUCAGGUAUCUUAUGAACAUGUUUUAAAGCUAGUUGUUAGAUUGGCUGUAUUGUAUAUGUAAACUCUGAACUGUAUUUGAAGAGCUUUCAUAGGAAACUUUGGGUAUGUUUGUAAAGAAUAAAUAGAAAGCAAUGUGUUGAAGAUGCUA